GCAUCGGGUAUAAGCGAUUGGUUGCCUUUCACGAGGAAAUCUGUUGGUAGGCGGAUAGCCGUAAAGCGGGGGCUCUAUUGAUUUAAAUUUGGUUUGCCGGUGCGCGUGUCAAUAGUCAACACAGUGCCGUGAAGAGCGCGCGCUCAAGCAUCUAUAUACGCUUUGCUGGCCGUGUUUUGUGCGAAUCGAAAGGUUAGGCCCUUCGCGGUUCCACUUAAUAGGAUAUGUCGAGUAAUCCGAAAAAUGGGGCUAAUGAGAAUGUGGAGAAUUUAUACGGACCGAUUUGUGUCCAGAGUGUUGUACCAAAAGAAAGGCAAGAUUUAUUGAAGUGGAAUGGCUGGGGAUACAAGGAUUCAGAAUUUCGUAUAAACGAAAAAAAUAUCAUCGAAUUUACUGGCGACAGGUAUCCCAUUGGAAAUAAGGAACUUCCAUAUUUCACACAAUGGGUCAAAGACAUGUUUGGCGUAGACCUGAACAAAAAGCAACCAUCUCAACCGAUGCCAACGAACUUACCGGAACCAAUUAUUUCAUUGGAAUUAUUGGAAGCGAUUCAAGAGUUAAAAAUCGAAUAUUCCACGAAAGGUAUCGAUCGAUUAGUUAGAGCACACGGACACACGCUUCGCGAUAUUUAUCUUCUGAGACAUGGGUCGUUCAAGAGGGUACCGGACAUCGUUGUAUGGCCAAAAUGCCACGAGGACGUCGUUAAAAUAAUCAAAUUAUGCGCUCACUACGGAUCAGUUUGUAUCCCGUUCGGCGGUGGAACAAGCGUCAGUGGUGCAGCCUCUUGUCCAGAAAAUGAACGAAGAACGAUAAUAUUACUGGACACAUCGCAGAUGAACAGGAUAUUAUGGUUAGACAGGGAGAAUCUAAUCAUCUGCUGCGAGACUGGUAUUAUCGGUCAGGAUCUCGAAAGGCAACUCCGACUGCAAGGUCUGACUUCCGGUCACGAACCUGAUUCUUACGAAUUUUCUAGUUUAGGUGGAUGGGUUGCCACAAGGGCAAGUGGCAUGAAGAAGAAUCGAUAUGGAAACAUUGAAGACUUAGUCGUACGAGUAAGAAUGGUUACCGGUAGGAUAGAUGACCCGGAAAUAACGUUGGAAAGGGGCACAUUGGUUCCACGAGCUUCUUGUGGUCCUGAUUUCGAUCACGUGAUACUUGGUAGCGAAGGUACACUGGGUGUCAUCACAGAAGUUGUAUUGAAGAUUAGGCCAAUACCAAAAAUAGUCAAAUACGGUAGCAUAGUUUUCCCAAAUUUUCAAACUGGCGUGUCAGCAUUGCGACAGGUAGCCAAGGAUCGAUGCCAGCCCGCUAGUAUACGUUUAAUGGACAAUGAACAGUUCCACUUUGGUCAGGCCUUGAAACCAGAACCUGGCUGGGGUGGUUUAAUUGUACAAGGGUUGAAACAAGCCUACAUCACAAGGAUAAAACGUUUUAAAUUCGAUCAAAUGUGCGUUGCUACGCUUCUUUUCGAAGGUGACACAGCCGCGGACGUGGCGGCGCAAGAAAAGAAAGUUUACAAUAUUGCCAAGCGGUACAAUGGUGUUCCAGCGGGAGAAUCAAACGGUGAACGAGGAUACGUUUUAACGUUUGUUAUAGCUUACAUUCGAGACAUGGGAUUGAAUUAUUACGUUUUGGCCGAGUCUUUCGAGACCUCCGUCGCUUGGAACCGUACGGUUUUCCUGUGUAGGAAUGUGAAAUCACGUGUGGCUAGAGAGUGUUACGCGCGUGGUGUGGAACAUUACUUCAUAUCUUGUCGUAUCACGCAAACGUACGACUCUGGUUGUUGUGUUUACUUCUACCUGGCAAUCAAUUACAACAAACUAUCGAAUCCGGUUGAAGCAUACGAAAGUAUCGAACACAUUGCGCGUCAAGAGAUUCUCGCUAAUGGUGGUUCGUUGUCUCAUCACCAUGGUGUAGGCAAACUCCGUUCCUGUUUCUAUCCGAAUGCUGUAGGAGAAGUAGGAGUGUCCCUUUACAGAGCAGCCAAAGCACACUUGGAUCCGCAUAACAUAUUUGCAGCUGGAAAUUUGGAUCCCAGGUGUGUAUCAAAAUUAUAAACUCAACGCCCACUGAAAAAAAUUGCAUACUUGUUACACUGGAAAGAAUUACACCUGUUGAAGAAAAAUUUGUUAGUGAAUAACAAUAACGAUUGAUACUGUCAUUUUAUUAAUACCUUGUGAUGAUAUAAAAAUAGUGGUAAAGGAAGAGACUAGUAUAAUAUAAAUAAAUAUGAACCAUGGUGUCGUUUGGUACAAAUACAGAAUUGUAAUUGUAUCAGCAUUUUUAUAAGUUAUUAUAAAUAAACAAGACUCGCUUA